CUGCGUGCAGAGGGUGUUGGUCAGUCUGCGGGCAAAAGGGAAAGGGGCGAGGAAUUAAGUUGGCAGCACGAUCGAAGCUGGGCCCGGUGUAGGGGAGAUUGCGGGGUUAGUUUGGCCAGGCAAAUCAUACCGGGAUGAGCUGCUAAAAAUGUUGGAGCUGGAGAUAAUGGAGAACAGACCUGGGAAUUUCUAUUGUUAUCUUGGAAUUGGACUCUGCCCCCAUGUUCCCCUUGUCCAGUUUCUCCUGGGAGCCUUUGAAGCCAGUGCCAUCGCUCUGGAGGAUGAUAGAAGAGCAGCUAGCACCCAGCGAGAGACUGGAAGUGAAGACUAUUUUGGGAAUUGAUCUCGUGGACCACAGCUUGGAGCUUCAUGAUGAGGUAAAGACUCUCUUAGAAUUCUAUCAAGAAUCGCAAUUGGACCAUUUUGAGCAAAGACCUGAUAACUGCAUCUUACUGGCUGCUCCUCCCCACCUGAAAGAACUAGUAAGAGAGGAGAUUCGCCUACUCCUGGUUGGCUUGCAGCAAAAGGCAUUGCAGGAGGGCAGGGACCACGACUGUGCCAUUGCCAAGUACAACACAAAUGUGAUCAACUUUGCUUUUAAGACAAAUGCUGGAAGUAAUCGGCCAUCAUCCAGGAGCAACAAUCUCAUCAGGUCGUUGUCCUGUAGCAGCCCAAAUGAUUUGGAACCGUAUUCUGAUAAAUUGAAUAUCACUCAGAUCGGCGAGAUAGCUUCUAGACUUAGGACUUUGCUAGAGGAGGAAUGCCAUGCUCUGGAAAGAUACAUUAUACUUUUACAGAACCAACUAGAGGAGGUGCAUCAGCAUGCUACUGAGAUGCAAGACAAAAUGCAUGAACCCACCAUGGCUGAACUACAGGAAGAGAAACGUGUCAUGGAGUGGGAUUUGCAAUUGAGUCUGCCCAAGUCAUGUCCUAGGACACCUUCCCCGAUGUCAAACCAGUUUUGGAAUAGCACCAAUUUGUCUCAGCUCAGCCAUCUAAGAGGUUUAGUGAAAGGGCCAGGAUUUGGACAGAUCAAUCCUGCUUCUAAUGAGAUUCCUUCACCAGAUCCCAGGGAUCAGAUUUCUCUACUCUGCUAUCAGCCAUCAUCCCGAUGGAGCCCUUCGACAAGAACCCCUUUGGAAUGGAUGCAUCAAAAGAGUGAGGAUUCCAACCAGGCAAGGAAAGACAGUGACACUAAGCUGCCUACAACAUUGGGACAUCCAACUGCUUCAGGAUAUAGACCAGCUUCAGCAUCAGCCUGGGAACCUGCUUUCCUUCCCAUGCCUCCUGCAGAACCUUGUCCUCCGACUCGCUUUUGUCCCCGUAUUAGAUUGUUGCAAUGUAAAGGACCAAGCUAAGAAAAAUAGAACUUCCUCUUCCUCCUGACAUCUCCCUGCUUGCUCUGGGGCAGCAGUGCCCAUUUGAACCACAGGCUGCUGUCCCCUAGGCUUGAAAUGUUUAAUGUUGACUACUGCUGUAUUUGCUCAUUCUUAGGUUCAAAUCCAUGGAUUCCAAAGAAAGUAACAAGGCCAUGCUAAAUAUCCUUUCUUCUGUACAGAUAAGUGUCCUGGGAGUGCAGCAGUGUCCCCCUGGGAUCCUUUCUCCUCCUCCUCCCCAUUAGGCAGUACAAUAAUUCCAUUAUAAUGUUAAAGAAAAGAAAAGAUACGGCUCCUCAAAUCGCCCUCUUCCGAUCCCACAAAAAGAACUGUACAUCCUGAGUUCAGGAAUAUAAAUUUCAUUAAAAUCUAUGAGACUUUAACAAUCUACAACUGGGAGAGUCACAGUAUGGGAGACUCGUACAAUUAUUGCUAUGAACAAUGAGACCUUGGCAGUGGCAGUUGCCACACUCUGCAGGAGAGGGAAGGACAGACAUGAAACCAUGCAUUAAAUAGUGCAUUUUCAGUACAGAGGAGGGAAAGGGUUGGAUGCUGGCGACUUAAGGUAAAAAUGCCAUCAUGACAUGAAGCCAUAUUUCCUCCCUAUCAUCUGUGCAUUAUGCAGACAUUUGGCACUUAAAACACUGGCCAUUUCGCCAACGUCACUGGCUGGGGCAGUUACCCUGUGGGUAGGGACCAGAUGUGCCCUUGCUGUUGGCACUGUAGCAAUUGGGCAUCCCUGGGAGCUGAGGGAUGCCCCUUACAAGAAGUUUGGCAUUGGUGUCCUGGUACCAUUGCUGCCACAGGAUAAAGGGCAAGGGAGUGGCUGUCAGGACCUCCUCCAAGGCCUUGCUCAGGAUAAAGUGCAGGCAGCAAUGCUGAAAUGAAAAUAUGGGGCAAUGAGGCAAGAAGACACAACCAUUUAGUUACCCCACCCCAUUUGAGCCAGUGUGAGACCUGGCUUGUGUCACAACGAGAUCAUCCUGCUAUGAGACAUUGGGGCUUCUGGCCAACUUCUUCAUGACUGCAGCAUGGGAAUAGAGGCUUCCAUCCCCAUUGGGAAGUGGCGGUCCAGGGCUAACCAGGAAUAGCUUUCGUGGAAGACCAUGCUUUCUGACCUUUGUGCUUCCCUCAAAUUGCAAGGGCUGGUCUUGGCACAUCAUCUACUCUUAGCACCAUGGUUGGCUCUGCUCCUUUCCCUAGGGACUGGGGCAGGGCUAGGUCCCAAGGGUCCCUUGCAAGUAGAGGGACCCUAUUCAAAUUCAUUUGCUCCUUUGUAGGGGAAGAGAAUCAACAAUGGCCUCAGAGGCUCCAUUCCUCAGAACUCAAGUACAAGCGUCUGCAUAAUUCAGUUCAAUACUUUGCUCCACCACCUCUACACAAUGUGGCAGCAGCUUACAGAAGUUUCCCACGAGCUUGGGACUUUCCUGGAUCUGAAUCAGUCACACAGCGUCUCUAUUAAGUGUGUGUGUGUGUGUUUGUAUACACGAGAAAAGAAUUCUAGACAGACAAAUAAGGCUAGAUCCUCC